ACACCGCCUGCAAGAACCGGCCCUUGGACCUCGUCUUCAUCAUCGACAGUUCCCGCAGCGUCCGACCUGAAGAGUUUGAGAAGGUGAAGAUCUUCUUGUCAGAAAUGAUUGAUACUCUGGAUGUUGGUGAAAGAACAACCCGCGUGGCGGUCAUGAAUUAUGCCAGCACUGUCAAGGUAGAGUUCCCCCUCCGGACCUACUUUGAUAAAGCAUCAAUGAAGGAGGCCGUGUCUCACAUCCAGCCCUUGUCUGCGGGCACAAUGACCGGCCUUGCCAUCCAAACGGCCAUGGAUGAAGUCUUCACGGAGGACAUGGGCACCCGGCCGGCCACCUUCAGUAUCCCCAAGGUGGUCAUUGUUGUGACCGAUGGACGGCCACAAGACCAGGUUCAAGAUGUGGCAGCGAGCGCCCGGACAGCUGGCAUUGAGAUCUACGCAGUUGGGGUAGGCCGGGCAGACAUGCAGUCCCUGAGGAUAAUGGCCAGCGAACCACUGGAUGAACACGUCUUUUAUGUGGAGACCUAUGGUGUGAUUGAAAAGCUGACAUCCAAAUUCAGAGAGACUUUCUGUG